AUGGUGGAGCUUUUCCCUCGUCUGUGCCUGCAAAAACCGUGCGAAAGGCAUCUGGUUGGAUGGCCGAGCGGUCUAAGGCGCUGGUUCGAAGUUACCGUAGACUCAGCUGAAAAUGCAACGAUUAUUUGUGAUGGAGUAGAAGUGGACAAGAAAUUCAUAUGUGGAGAGAUUCUGUACUCGAAGUAUGUAGUGGUAUCCAUUCUAAAUCUACCAACGUAUAUAGAAGAACAGGUUAUAAUUGACAAGUUGGAAAAUUUUGUUGAAGUAUGUGGUCCUAUUAGACGCAAAUUCUACCGAAACAACAAGAGCUGCACAGACGGGACAAGGUAUGUGAAAUGUAGAUUCCCUCCUACCAUCAAGUCUUUACCAUGGGCGAUGAAUUUCGAAACGGUGGAAGGUUCCCGCAGUUUUAGAGUCAUGCACAACAAUCAGAAGAAG